CAUUCUGGUUUCUCAUUCAUAGGUUUUGUUCUUUUUGAUACUCUGUUAGCUUCUACUGCCAUAAAAUAAGUUGUUUCACUCUUAUAGUUUUUGUUUUAUUAGCUUACAUAUAUUCCAACUACACGCAUGGCUUCUCAGUGUACCCAGAGGAAUGCUACCCUGCCAAUCUCCUUCUUCAAAGUUAUUCUUAAAACCAAUCUUCAAAGCAUUAAAAUACCAAACAUAUUCACUGCUAAUUAUGGAGGUGGUUUGCCAAAUCCUCUGUUCAUGAAGCUUCCAAAUGGAACUGAAUGGAAAGUGAUUUGGGAAAAAGACAGCGGUGAGAUUUGGCUGAGAGAGGGAUGGAAGGAAUUUGUGGAACAUUAUUCCUUAGACCAUGGACAUUUUGUUUUCUUUAAAUACGAAGGAACAUCCGAGGUUCGUGUAUACAUAUGUGACCAAAGUGGAGUCGAAAUAGACUAUCCCUGUGGCACUGGUGAUGGAAAAGAUAAAUAA